CUUUGUGGGGCCCACACAGUGUUUGGGGUUGGCCAUCUAUACGUACAAACGUUUCAUAUUUCCACAUUCUAUAAGCGUUUCGAGUUUUAUCGUUGAAUCAAUCGAAAGACAAUCCGAAUGCGGCGCUGGUAGAUCGUUUAUCGGUCGAUCUACGCAUCGAUCCAAUCGCUGCCUUUGUAGAUUUUUUUUCCUUUUUUUUCAUUCUUCUGCUUCUUUCUCCUCCUUCCUUGAUUCCUUGGGUCUGCUAUUCGGAUCGGAGCUUCGUUCGCAAUCGGAUCGUAGCUUAGGUAAGGAAAGAUGUUCUUGGUCGAUUGGUUCUACGGAAUUCUUGCAUCCCUUGGGCUCUGGCAGAAGGAGGCCAAGAUCUUGUUCUUGGGCCUCGACAAUGCCGGGAAAACCACCUUGCUCCAUAUGUUGAAAGAUGAGAGAUUGGUUCAACAUCAACCAACACAAUACCCAACAUCAGAGGAGCUGAGUAUUGGCAAAAUCAAGUUCAAAGCUUUUGACUUGGGAGGGCAUCAGAUCGCUCGCCGUGUUUGGAAAGACUAUUAUGCUAAGGUGGAUGCGGUUGUUUAUUUGGUGGAUGCCUAUGAUAAAGAAAGAUUUGCAGAAUCGAAGAAAGAGUUGGAUGCUCUCCUCUCUGAUGAGUCCCUGGCCAAUGUACCUUUUCUGAUUUUGGGCAAUAAGAUCGACAUCCCAUAUGCUGCUUCUGAAGAUGAAUUGCGUUACCACAUGGGGUUGACAGGCAUCACCACUGGCAAGGGAAAGGUGAACCUGGCAGAUUCCAAUGUUCGCCCUCUCGAGGUAUUCAUGUGCAGCAUAGUCCGCAAGAUGGGUUAUGGAGAAGGCUUCAAAUGGAUGUCUCAAUACAUAAAGUAAUUAGGCAGUGAGAUUCUCUGUUAUUCUGUUUUCUGUUCUGUUUUUCUUUACUGGACUUAGAGUUGGACACAUGUCUGUUUGAAAGCGCUGCUGGAUAUCUCUCUCUUGUUCCGGUUUUUUGGUGAAAUGACAGAACCAAAUCUUCUUCUAUUACUUCAUCUGAUCUGAAAUUUGAGAUGGAUCUGAUAAUCUAAUAGUGAAAUUUAAAGCCAUUUUGAUAA